UGGUGAUAGAAAUUAGAUUGAAAGGGUAAUUUGCAGAUGUGUGUGUGUGUUAUUUCAGGAUGGACAGAGGAGUGAGUAUGAGCUGGUGUGUGUGAAUGCAUGAGUAUGUGCUUAUUAGAAGGAGAGCCAGCAGAAGGGGAAGGGCCUCGAGUGAGUCGACAAAAACAGCUGCCUCAGUGUAGUCAGGAAAACACGAGCAAGAGGCAGAGAAGGGAGAGGAGAGGGUGGACCAGUAAGGUCCAGAGCACUACUUUUUUUUUUAAUUAUUAUUAUUUUAUUUCUUUUUUUUUUCUUUUUGUAAAAUAGUACCACAAUCUCAAUCAUAAGAAAAGUGGCACAUAACUAAAUUAUUGCAUUAUUAUAUGGGUUGCGCCCUGUGUACGGAUUGCUGCGGGGACGAGCCAGAGGCAGAGGUGCUCAGAGGGACACUAAACAGGGAGAGGACACACAACAGGAUCAACAUGAGACUCACCAAGGCAGGGAAGGGCGAGCCCCAUGAGUUUAAGGAAAAAACCUUUAAGAAGAAGCGCCAGUGUGGGGUGUGCAAGCAAAACAUAGAAAGUCUGGCAUCCUUCUGCCGAGUCUGUAAAACAGCCACUCACAAGAAAUGUGAAAGUAAGGCCAGCACACCCUGUAUCCCGGCCCCAUCCUCUGACUUGCAGCGGAGAGGAACGGCCUCCUCUCGACACAUUCAGCAUCUGGGCUCAACCAAAUCUCUGACAUACACCAAACCAAGAAGUACUCUACCCAGGAGUCUAAGUGUGGAUCGGGUGAUGGACAGGGUGAUGGAGCGCCACUACGACUUUGACCUCACCUACAUCACUGAGCGCAUCAUCUCGGUCUUCUUCCCCCCCCUGCUGGAUGAGCAGCGUUACCGCCUCAAUCUCAAAGAGGUGGCAGCUAUGCUUAAAUCCAAACACCAGGACAAGUUUUUGUUACUAAACCUGUCUGAGAGAAGGCAUGACAUCACUCGGCUUAACCCCAAGGUCCAUGAUUUCGGCUGGCCGGACCUACACGCACCCCCUCUGGACAAAAUCUGUUCCAUGUGUAAAGCCAUGGAGACAUGGCUGAACUCUGACCCCCAGCAUGUGGUGGUCCUGCAUUGCAAGGGAAAUAAAGGAAAGACAGGAGUGAUCAUCGCUGCAUACAUGCACUACAGCAAGAUAUCAGCAGGGGCAGAUCAGGCUCUAAGCACACUGGCUAUGAGGAAAUUUUGUGAGGACAAAGUGUCAUCUUCUCUCCAGCCUUCACAGAACAGAUAUAUAUAUUAUUUUGGUGGACUUCUAUCAGGGGCCAUAAAGAUGAACAGCAGUCCCCUUUUCCUCCAUCAGGUCCUUAUUCCCACCAUCCCCAAGUUUCAUGCUGAUGGAGGGUACUUGCCCUUCCUGAAGAUCUACCAGUCCAUGCAGCUGGUCUACACCUCGGGCAUAUAUGAUUUGCAGGGUUCAACAGGUAGAAAGCUGUGUGUGACCAUUGAGCCUGCUCUGUUGUUGAAAGGAGACAUUAUGGUGAAGUGCUAUCACAGACGACUUCAGGCCACUGAGAGGGACACAGUGUUCCGACUCCAGUUCCAUACCUGCACCAUCCAUGGAGCACAGCUCUGGUUUGGGAAAGGAGAACUUGAUGAAGCUUGCUCAGAUGACAGAUUUCCCCCUGAUGCCACUGUGGAGUUUGUCUUUUCCUCUGGACCAGAGAAGAUUAAAGGACGAGAAUACCAGCGGAAUGAUCCAGCAGUCACAGUUGACUAUAAUACAGCUGAUCAAGUGGUACGCUGGGAUUCUUACGACAGCUUGAACCAGAGGCAUGAAGACAGCCAAGACGAUAUUGCACACACUCGAGGGCCUCUGGAUGGCAGUCUGUAUGCUCAGGUGAAGAAGCGGCGUGCUGCUUGCUCUUCCUCCUUUCCAUCCACCAAUGGUAGUCCAGGGCAAAUCUCUGAUGAGAGACAAGGUCAUCUUCUGUCACUCAGCACCGAUUCUGGUCAUUCAUCAGCUCCACCUGAACGCCUUGAAGAUUCACCCAGACGGCCCCCACCUACUCAGCAAGAACGGGAGGAGCUGGCACGGCUACUUGGAGGGAUUGAGGGUGAGAGGAAUAGCAGAGAUCGUGAACGGGAGACAGCAAUUUUGGAUGAUGGUGACUCACUCCCACCAGAAAAUACUGGGUCACUGCGUUUGGUUCGUUCAUGUUCCUGCCGUACGGGCUACAGAUCACAGCGUUGCUCUGAACUCCAUCACUUGACCAAUGGAUACUACUUAGACCACUCAGCUCCCAGCAGCAACCACACAGGAGUACCUUCACCAAACAUGCUAGGCCUGUGCCAGCACCACAGCGGUCACACGCACCAGUCGCUCCCACCUCCAGACCUGCUGUGGGACCGACAGCAAGGCUCUCCACACUACCUGCAUGGUCCUACUAGGCAUGUUUGCCCUUAUCCAUCCCAGGAUCUCUGCCCUCACCCACACACGCUUACGCCUAGUGGACGACUGCUGUGUAGGUCAGACGAAUUCCUUCCCUACACCCAGCCACAACACAACCACCCACACCAUCCGAAAACAGCUGCACCCUACCAUGAUGUGAUGCUUGUAGAUGGCCUCCUACCGCCCCCUAGCUGCCCAUGUCGGGAUUGCUGCUUGAGACGAGAGGACUUUCACACUUUACGGCUCGACAGAGCUGAAGGAUUGCACUGGGAAAGGGAAGAGCUCCCUCGAGACAGUGGCUUAAGGCGAAACAGAGGAUCUGAGGUUCCAAGACGGACAGAACUGCCCUGGGAGCGAGAGGCGGGGUUAAGGCAGGGUCGAGAGGUCUCACUCCAUUGGGAUAGGGACAGAGAGGCAGAACUACAAUGGGAGAGAGAACGAGAGGCUGAGUACUGGCACCGAAGAACUGCCUUGUCACCAUAUGGCCCACCAGGUCACGAGUCUGCUUUCACCUUUGACCCACUGCCGCAGGGUCACCCAGCAUUUCCCGAACCCUCAAGAUCACACAGUCAUGCUCAACUGGAUAUAAAGUACAGCAGUGGCUCCAGCAACUAUCCGACAUCUCACCAGAUGUGCCCCUGCUCACCCUACCAGCCCUCACCUUCUGAGAGUCGUGGCUACGCUUCAGGUUACCAGUCAGACUCCACUUCUCCAGUGCCUCUCAGUUACUCCUCUUGCUACAGCCAUACAGACCCUCACCAGCAGCACUAUACCUCCAACACACACUCAGAUGGUUCUGGAGUUCCAGGUGAGAAUGUAGGAUGGCGGGACCAUGUUACCCACGGUUCCUUGAGACGGCUGCAUCGUGAAGCACAUGGACCAUGCUCCACCCCCUCUGAUAUGUCUGGACCACCCACACCAGUCCACACCAGCAGCCCAAUGCAUACACAAGAAAGCCCCAGCCUGAGUGUUCGGGAUCAGGAAGCACGAUCAUCAGAGAUGAGCAAAGACAGCACCACACAUCAGGAGAGAACGAACCCAUCUCUCCAGCAAAAUCUCACAAAUUCUGGGCCAGAGUCUCAUCAAGUUGGAAGUCCAUCCACAGAGCUUCCUAAGUCAUGUACAUCUGUCCCAGAGAAACACUGCAUCCUUACUCAGCAGCUCUCUACACAUUCCACUUCUCAGCAACUCCCAUUACAGUCUUCCUUUUCUCCUCAGCAACUCCCAUUACAGUCUUCCUUUUCUCCUCAGCAGCUCUCCCCUCAUUCCUUGUCUCCUCCUCAGCAGCUCUCCCCUCAUUCCUCGUCUCCUCCUCAGCAGCUCUCCCCUCAUUCCUCGUCUCCUCCUCAGCAGCUGCCCCCACAUUCCUCGUCUCCUCCUCAGCAGCUCUCCCCUCAUUCCUCGUCUCCUCCUCAGCAGCUGCCCCCUCAUUCCUCGUCUCCUCCUCAGCAGCUGCCCCCUCAUUCCUCGUCUCCUCCUCAGCAGCUGCCCCCACAUUCCUCGUCUCCUCCUCAGCAGCUGCCCCCACAUUCCUCGUCUCCUCCUCAGCAGCUCUCCCCACAUUCCUCGUCUCCUCCCCAGCAGCUCUCCCCACAUUCCUCGUCUCCUCCCCAGCAGCUGCCCCCACAUUCCUUGUCUCCUCCUCAGCAGCUGCCCCCACAUUCCUCGUCUCCUCCUCAGCAGAACUCUACACAGUGCCCAUCUCCUCAGCAGAACUCUACACCACACUGCUGUCCUUCUCAACAGAACUCUACACAUUCUGUCCCUGUAAUACACACAGCCAACACUAACCCACAAGCCCCAGUUCCAUCAAGUCAUUCUGCCCCAGCAUCUCCUACUAAGGCAACCCAACAACAGAGCACCAGCCAGCCAAUCAGAGAUGCCAGUCUGCCCAUCACAGCCCCUCAGCCAAUCCAAAAUGAGACUGUGCUACCCUCUGUUUCACCUUGUUCUUUGCAGCACAUUCACCAAAUCCAAAUAUCAGAGUCUGUUUCAGCCCAGCCUCACAGCAAUGGCGUGCCAUCAAUUUCUGAUCCAGAAACUCCCAAUUUAUCUUCUUCUGCUCCUGUUUCACCUCAACCAACACUGGGCAGCCUAAAUGGCUCUCCAUCCCCUGAACCCCCUGUGCCAGGCUUUGCCACUCUUGGCAGGAAGCUAAUGUUGGACACAGGAUCCACCCCAUCUGGAGAUCCUGAUACCAGUUACAGUGUGUCUAAUGCUUACCCAAAUUCCACCUUUGCCCUUUCUUCAACCAAUUACCCACCUUCUGACACUGCCACCCAGCCUCCUCUGCCAGAGAAAAGACGCCCAGGUACCCUGCCAGGCUCACCCAAUGGGAGGUCAGGCACUCUAAGAGCAUCCACAAGUCAUUCCCCCUCCGGCCAACACCAUGUUACCUUCUCACCAGUGGUAGGAGCAGUGACCGUACCUGGUGGGCAGAACGAGGGGCUGGCAGAAGGUGAAACAGGCAGCAGGGUCAGUGUGAAGUUUGUUCAGGACAGCUCCCGUUUCUGGUAUAAGCCUGGAAUCUCACGAGAACAAGCCAUUGCAGCUCUGAAGGAAAAGGAGCCGGGUGCAUUCCUCAUCAGGGACAGUAACUCCUUCCAGGGAGCCUAUGGUUUGGCCCUCAAAGUGGCAUCACCACCUGCCAACAUCAGCAGCCAUUCCAGCAAAGGUGGAGAUCCUAUGGAACAGCUGGUGAGACAUUUCCUAAUCGAGACUGGACCACGAGGGGUGAAAAUCAAAGGCUGUCAAAAUGAACCUCACUUCGGGAGUCUCUCAGCACUGGUGUAUCAGCAUUCCAUUACACCCAUAUCUCUGCCCUGUGCACUCUGCAUCCCUGACAAGGAUCCCAUAACAGAGAGCCAGGAAGUGCAGCCUGUCAGUAACAUGAGCACAGCAGCAGACCUACUGAAACAGGGAGCAGCAUGUAAUGUGAUUUACCUGAACUCGGUGGAGACGGAGUCUCUGACAGGACCGCAGGCAGUAGCUAAAGCGACAGGUGUGAUGAUGUCACAAAGCCCUCGGCCCUCAGCCACCGUAGUGCACUUCAAAGUGUCGACGCAGGGCAUCACUCUGACCGACAGUCAGCGCCGGGUGUUCUUCAGGAGGCACUACCCCAUUAACAGCGUGACUUUUAGCAGCUUAGAUCCGCAGGACAGGAGGUGGACUAACUCAGACAGCAGAACAUCUAAAGUGUUUGGGUUUGUAGCUAAGAAACCAGGCAGUGUGGCAGAGAACGUGUGUCACCUGUUUGCUGAGCUCGACCCUGAGCAGCCUGCCACCGCUAUCGUUAACUUCAUCAACAAAGUCAUGUUGGGGCCACAGCAGCGCUAGAGGAAGCGGGAGAGAGAGAACAUCACCGUUCCCUCACAGACCAAAAAAAAAUUGGCUCAAAGUGUAAGAGUACCAAAGCACUGCAAACCAGUCUGUCAUAUAGAUGAAGUUCUUCAAGACCAAAUCAAAGUGAAAUGAACUAAACAGAGAUACUGAUGCCAUAUCAUAAAUACUGAAGGUUUAAUAACACACUAGUAGAAGUCACAAUCAUUGAGGUAGGAAUAUAUCGAGCACUGCUGAUUUCUUUUAUACAGUAUGAAAAGUAUCUUAUAAUAAGAUAGUAUAUGCACUAAGAAAUACCAAAUAUCUCCACAGCUGACAAUCAACAGUCUUUACGUAUUUCAUUUAUCAGCUUCAAGUAGUUAAAUAGAGACGAGCUGCUAUGUGUAUGAGUGGACAGCAGAAUGUCUGAGAGAGUCCGUGUUUUAUUGGGAAAGAUGGCGUGAGGAACCGAAGUGGACCGGCGGCUACAGACAGGUGUGCGAGAGGCAGGCGUACUGUGGUGGCACCAGGGAAGAAGAGUUUAACAAAAGUGUAAAUAGGUUCAUCUGGAAUCACAAGGAUGUGUCAUAUUUUUCAGGCAAGGUUGAUUUUUUUUUUUUUUUGUAAAUCCCCUUCGGUCGCUGCAUACACAAUUGUGUACAUCACUUUCUACAGUAAUAUAAUGUCUGUAUCGUGACCGAAGGGGUUAGAAAUGAAGUUAAACAGAUGGAAGACUUUGAUAACAAGCUUUCUUUCUUUGCUUUACUCAACAUGGAUUUUUUUUUUUAAUACUCUACCCUAAAAAUUGUCAAUUUGUUAAAUGUAUUUCAUUUUCAUGUCAUAACCAUGUUAAUGUAAAAAGGAGAUCUAAAGUUUCUACUUAACUAAAAAGCUUUCAGUAUUCAUAUUUAUAAGCGUUAUUCAGUCAUCUUUAAAAUGUCACGUAUUUUGUUUGCAUGUAUCAGAGUCAUUAUGGCUUUCUAAGAGACAGACAUCUGACAGCUUUAAUAUAUUGUACUCUGUAUUUUCUUGUUGAUCUUUGUAUUUAGUAAUAUAUUCACUCAGAUGCAGCUUGGAAAGUGAUUAAAAUACUUAAUGGAAGGACACUUAUAUUAAAUGGAUUUUUAAACUGCUAUUUUUUCAAUGUAAGCAUAAAUGAAUAUAAUAAAUGUAAAGCUGUGGUACCAAGUCGAUACAUUUCCCCCCCCUCCCAACAUUCAUUUUUUUUUUUCUGUCUUUCAAGCUGUUGGCCUAAAACAUAAAUCAGGUCACCAUAUUUUGGCCUCUUCAAGCUAGUUUUCAAAUUAGAAGCAUGUUUACAAGGAAAAUUUAUUUUCAACUUAAAAAAAAAAGGUUAAACUCUUUAAAACAGUGCACAU